AUGGCACAUAUUCAAAUGCCGGAAAUGAUGCUGCGAUUGGUUUUAGUUGUAAUAAUGACUUCGGCAGGUGUAUGCCAAGUAGGUAUUGGACCAGAACUGCGUUGUUACCAAUGUAAUUCACUAACACAACCUCACUGUGCAGACUAUUUUGAUAAUCGAACUUUUCCACUAGUUGCCUGUCCAAAUGAUGGAAGAAAUUAUUCUAGGUGUGUCAAGAUGAUUCAGGAAAUGUAUCUAGAUGGAAAAUGGACUAGACGUUAUUAUAGAGAUUGUGCUGUAACUGGUGUGAUUGGUGCAGAAGAUGGUCGUUGGUGUAUAGAUCGUUUGGGUACAUAUCGUGUUAAAGUUCGAUAUUGUAAUUGUAACAAUAAAAAUGGAUAUGAAAUGGGCACCCCUUUUUGGGUUAGUCAACAGGUUUAUAUAUAUAUAUCGUUGACAGAUGGAGAUUUUUCGUUGUACCAAAACAAACAUUUAACAAACAAUAUGUUGAAAGUAUCAUUUUUAUUUAUUACAAUCAUUUUGACAUUAUUGUUGGAGAACAUUCAUGGAAAAGGGUGUCGUGCAAUUGGAGAGAAAUGUAGUAAAACUGUAUUUGACAGAUGUUGUGGUGAUACAGUAUGUCAUUUAACUUCACCAUUUCAUGGGAAAUGUGUCAAAUGCUUAAAAGGGGGUACCCUUUGUAUAUCGGAUAAAAAUUGUUGUUCACACAAAUGUACUUUAGGAAAGUGUACAAAUGAAAAACAUCAUUAUUAAACUGGGGACAUUUAUAAUCAAUUAAGGAAUUUUAAA